GUCCUUCAUUCCUUCCGGUUUCUGCCACUUGAUGCAGUCAAACGUUAAGUUAAACAUUGACAGGGUCUGAAAGUCCCUCGGCCAAAAGUACUUGUAAGCCCACCGAACCGUUUGUUCGGCCGUAACUCAUUAAACUGUCAGACAUUUCUCGUUCGCAGGACAGACCACAACACAAAGUAGGAACAAAGCUCUACUUGACUUGAAUCUUUUUGUUGUUGUGUCCUAUAGGGCCCUAUCUGAAUGACGGCUGGUCACCUGUUGACUUUUCCUCCAAUUCAGUGAUUUAUAUUGUAUGUCGUAUACACAACUAUACAUGACAUGUUUACUAUUUCCACUUUUUACAGAAAUUGCACUUGAUUGGGCGACUUCUGGAACAUUUUAAUUUCCGUGCAGUUUGAGUUGGGAAGAGAAACCACAUUCUAGAUAAGUUUUGUUAAUCCCAGUACAUGCAUAUCACUUGGCACAGUAUGGAGCUCCUACAAGAGGUUAUCUCUGUCACGAAUCAACAGUCGGCCACUGCUGGAGGAGCACGGCCCUCCGCUCAUUUAUCUCACUUUUAUUCAGCUUAUCUCAGAGCCUGGCUGUGGACAAAAGAUAAUGAGUAUUAGUGCGGGCCUUCUUCAAUACUUCCUGUUCGCUCAUGUCAUUUUUUUCUGAAGUGUUGCCUUUAGAUCGAGCGGCGCACAACAGGCUGACUUGUGCACACAGUGUGAUGGGUGUGGUCGUGGCUGUUGAUUACAUGGAGGACUGGGGGCGUGCAUGAGGCAGAGAGAGGGGUAGAGAGAGGACCGACAGUCAGAGCUGAGAGGAAUUUGUGGACAUUUCAAGGUAGGUGGAAAUGUGGUGAACAAUGUGAUUUAAACUAAGUCGGCCUCCUCUGUGAGCGUUUUUGCCGUUGUGUUUUUAGAUUUAUUUAGUUAAAAACCUGUUUGGAGGAAAUUAGUAUUCCUGCUCUGUACUUUUUUACGUUCCUUCCUGUGACCUGACAUUCUAAUGAGUAAUUUGCUCAUUCUAAUGCUUUUGUUUGCUAAACGUUGUAAUUUAUGCCACAUUUUAGUCAUAAGGGAAGUCAUGUGUACUUCAUUUUUAUUAAAAUGCUUUAUAACCUUUUUUUUCAGAAACUACAGCAUAUUUCGAUUUCAGUACGUCAUUUUAGGCGUUUUUUAUUUUUACCCCAAAAACUUUAUUUGGAAAUAUUGAUAGGCACAUAACAUAGCAAACAUGCACUUCAUCUGAAUCUUCCAUUGUUUUCUAUCUUUUUCUUAACAUACAAACAUACAUCAAAUCCACACCACCCACUGGUACACCCACCUAGAGUACAGGAAAGGUUGGUUUGUACUCUAGGUUGAGAUGCACUUAUUGUAAGUCGCUUUGGAUAAAAGCGUCUGCUAAAUGACAUGUAAUGUAAUGUAAUGGAAAAUAAAUACAUACAAAUAAAUAAAAAGAGGUCACCUCAUUUUGCCGAGCCAGACAUCAAAACAUAUCCACUCAUCUAAACGCACACAUAUCCGGCACAUCUGCACGUAGACACACCUGCAUCACUACACAGCAAACAGGCAUCACAAUGUAUAACCUUUUCUUGGUCCCAGAGUCUACUUCCUCAGGAGCUGUAACCAGUGGCAACAUGAAUGAUGAUCAGGCAAAGGGUCCCACCUAUGACAACAAAGGGUUCCAGCAUGAGGACAGGAGACCCCCUCCUCGUGCCCCGCAGCAGGAUACAAACCCUUCCCUCCCACAAGUGACCCCCAGCUAUGUUGCCGUGUCUCCCCAAACCAUCAACACCCACCACACCGUGGCGCCCGGAACACCGCACAACACGGGACAAAAGACAGGAACAAAGAAAUGUCAGUGGAAAUACAUCCUGUGUGCGUCCCUGUCUCUGCUCGUCAUCCUGGCAGUUGCCGGCCUCUUGCUCUGGUACUUCUUAUACUUCCAGUGUUUACUGGGGAUGGCGUGUGGAAGUGGUGGGAAGUGUUUGAGUCACUCCCAGUGGUGCAACGGGGUGAAGGACUGUCCUCACGGAGAGGAUGAAUCUCAGUGCUUCCGCCUCCACGGGACCAACCUCAUGCUGGAGGGUUACUCAUCAGACAAGCGGCUUUGGGUGCCGGUGUGUGCUGAAAACUGGAAUCACAACUAUGGCAGAGCUGUGUGUGAGCAGAUGGGGUACAAGAGGCCAGGUAAUGUGCCCUUCACCCAAACCAGUGCCGGUUCUUUGGCCUUGAAGGGAUACAUUAAGCUGAAGUCUGGAAGUAACCCUGGAUCACACAUACUUUCCCAGCUCUUGUACAGCCAAAGCUGCUCAGUCAGAGCAGUCAAGCUUCAAUGUGUUGAAUGCGGCGUGAGUUCAGCAUCCCCCGGUGCUCGCAUUGUGGGUGGUACGGAGGCAGCAAACGGAGCCUGGCCAUGGCAGGUCAGUCUCCAGAUCACCGGUCAACACAUUUGCGGAGGCUCCGUCAUCAGCCCUGACUGGAUCCUAUCGGCCGCGCAUUGCUUCCAAAAGUACUCCUCUCCUGGGACGUGGACGGUACAUUCGGGCGAUGUGAGCUUGCUUCAGAUGAUCAACGGCAAAACAGUGAACAAAAUUAUCAGUCAUGCAAAAUUCAACACGGAAACUUACGUCAAUGACAUUGCUCUGCUGAAGCUCGAUGCGCCUCUUGAAUUCUCAAGAACGGUGAAGCCAGUGUGUCUCCCCAACACCGGCAUGCAUCUCUAUGCUGGAAGUCAAGCCUGGAUCACAGGAUGGGGAGCACUGCGAUCAUCUGGACCGUCACCGGACAAACUGAAUCAGGCCCAGGUGACCGUCUACAGCAGAGAGACCUGUAACAGCGCUCAGGCUUUGGCUGGACAAGUCACAGAGACCAUGAUCUGUGCCGGCAAAAUGCAGGGAGGAGUCGACUCAUGCCAGGGUGACAGCGGAGGGCCCCUGGUGGUGAAGGAGGGAGGUUUAUGGUGGCUGGCAGGGGACACUAGCUGGGGGAUCGGAUGUGCUUUAAGAGACAAGCCGGGAGUCUACGGCAACGUUACCUACUUUAUCAACUGGGUAUAUGAACAAAUGCAGAAUGAUUGACCCAGUUCUCGGAGCACCUGAAGACAACCCUCUAUCGUUAAUUAGCGAUACUUACUCUAUCACACAUCUUGCACUUUAAAUCCGAAGCUCCGAGGGAAGUGUUGAUCAGGAAGUUUCAAGAGGACCAAAAUCAAAGCUGUACAAACAAAACUGAUGUAUCGUUUCAU